AUGUCUAUCCCUACGUUAUCUAAUAAACCAGAAAAUAUCGAUUUACUUGUGCUUGCUCCAGGAGAAAAAAAAGUUAAAUGUGAGAUAUCAGAAAAAGGUGACUGCAACAUAUUUACAAUAAAACUGGAAGAUCAUACGAUGGGAAAUCUAAUAAAACAAGCUCUUUGUCAAGAUCCCAAGGUAACAUUCGCAGCAUACAGGCAACCGCAUCCUCUGCAAAAUGCCAUUGAAAUAACAAUAAAACCGAAAGGAUAUGCUGGCGUUAAGUUACUUUCAGACAUUGUACACAGUUUAUUGUGUCAAGUAUCAAAUUUGAAGGAAACAUUUACAAAGAAAGUUCAAAGAUAUAAAGAAAUAAGCGCAUAUUACGCGGAUUAG